GUGAGUGAGAUUUCUUGGCAGUCCGGGCGUCGGCUCAUGUGACCUCCUUGACCAUGCGGCCGGCGCCGUUUUCCACAGGCCCGCUGGGCCAGCCGAUGGUGGUAGUUAGCGCCGGAGGGAUGUCGGGAUGGCCCCGCGCUGCCAGCCCGCCCUUGAGGCACCACAGCCCGCCGCAGGUGAGGUACGUCUCCUCGGGUGCCAUGUCGGACGGCAUCCAAACUGUCUGGGGAGCAAGAUCCCGGUCUUCCUCCCCGCAGGCCUGCAUCUCACCGAUGCCUUCCGGCGAGCUCCGCGCCGGAUCCGGUCCCGCAAUGCCGGUUUACGCUCAGCCCUGCCCCACCUUCGCGCCCGCCGCGUGGUGUCACGGCGGCUGCUCAGGAGCCUUUGGUUCCCCGCGGGUGGCGAGUCCUCGAGUCAUAGUUCAGCCGCCGCAGCGGACCUACGGCUCCGCGGCUGUUCCUGCAGCACGGCAAAACACCUUGCCGCGAGCGGCGCCAGACGCCCAGCCACUCAGUCAGGCAGAUGCCAGGUGCAGCUAGACAGCGGACCGCCGGCGCCGGUUCCGCCGAUGCAGCUCAACGGGCGGCCAGUGGAGGAUAGCGAGUACAGCCCGCGAGACUCCGUUUGGAAGAGGUACUUCUGCAAUGCGCCCAAGGCGUCACAGACAUCUCCAGCAGGCUCUGUGCCUGGCCCAUCCGGACCAACUGCUUCUGGGGAAGCUGCGGCACCGAAGCAGGCGGCGACCGAGAGGUCCUUCCCCGCGCCGGUGUCGGAAGAAGUGAGGCUGCGAUCUCCUUUGAUGGAGGACAGCCACGGCAUCGCUCUGGACGCCAACGCCCACUCCCUGCUGCUGCGGCCAAAAGAGGCUGAGGAGGAAGCUUCGCGCCCCGGGUCGCACAGACUGGAGAGCCCCAUCCGGCGACCUGAAGGUUCACGGUCACAGAGGCUUGCCCAAGCGCUGACACAGCAGCCAGCGCAACCUCCAGUGCCACAGCCAGUGCCGCAACCGACACCGCUGCCAACCCCGGUGACAACGCCAGUAGCACAGCCAGCCCCACAGCCACAGCCAACCCCGCAGCCCACUCCACAGCCAACACCGCAACCUACACCGCUGCCAACGCCACAGGCAGCUUCACAGACAUACCAGCCGCAACCACAGCCGCAGCCGCAGCCACAGCUGCAACCACAGCUGCAGCCACAGCUGCAACCACAGCCACAGCCGCAGCUGCAACCACAGCCACAGCCGCAGCUGCAACCACAAAGGAUGCAGCCGCAACCACAAGAGCGUGCAAGAUUGCCGGGUGCGAACAUGGACCGCGUGGCAGCCUGCGCAGAGACGGUGUCAGCAGAGGAGCUGUUGGAGCUGGCCGGUUUGGCCAGACCCACUCCCGCGGUGCGGGGCAUCGUGGAGUCGGUGCUGAUGCUUUUGGGCUUCCGGGAGGUGAGCUGGCCCGCGGCAAAGGCGGCCUUCGAAGAGCCCGAGAACUUCCAGGAGAAGCUUCUGUCCUUCGAGGCCUCCCAAAUCAGCCGCCUGCAGUUCCAAAAGCUGCGCCGCAGCUUGGACAUGACCAAGUCUGCAGAUCGAACCAGGCGCUGUGAGGGGCUGGAGCGCUGGUGUCGUGCUGUGGCGGAGGUUCUCACCUUGCGCUUUGCGGAGGCCAAGCGUGCUGCCGCCAGCGCUGCCAUCAAUGGCGACGACUCGAAGCCAUUUGCAGAGAUGCCGAGGCCCGACGACCUGAAGGCCAAAGCGCCUCGGGUUGUUUUGGGCGACCUCCUCAUCAACCCGGACAUCUUUUCCAUGACGCCCAACGAGCUGCGGCAUGUGCGGGACCUCACGGUGCACCGGCCCAAGGUGGGUGAGAUUACCUUCCACGGUGAGAUCGACCUGCUGCGCCAUCGAGCUGUCCUGGAGGAUCUACCCAGUGUGGUGCGUCUGGAGCCGGGCGAGGUGGUGCUGUAUCCGGAUUCUCGCCAGAAGCCACCGGAGGGCGAGGGGCUGAACAGGCCAGCGACGAUCACGCUUUUCGGGUGCCUGCCUCCACAGACGGCGGAGUUUGCCGAUGAGGAGAGCAAGACAAGGUAUCGGCACCGCAUCGCAGAGAUGACGGAGUCCAAGGGCGCCCGCUUCUUGGACUACGACUGCGACAAGGGCCUUUGGCAAUUCCGCGUUGAUCAUUUCUGAGGCUACAACGGCCAACGCUUGGCAAAUGCAACUGAGCUGUGCGGGCUUGCCCUCAGCUCUCAAAUCAUCCGUUUGGAAGGAAAAGACACAUCGAUAUUGCUGAGCGCAAUUGUGGUGAGCU